AUGAGCGGCGCUGCUGUCGAGAUGUUCCUCAAUCAGCUUCAUCAGCUUCAUGAGCUCGUCGCGACGCUUUCUGCCGAGCAAUUUGCCACGUAUGAGAUGAAUCUGUGUCUGCUCAACUACGCCGAGCGUUGCGCGCACGCCAACAAUUUGGAGAUGCGCGUCAUUUCGAUGGAAUGCCUCAAUGAUGUCCGACGGAUUCAGCCGCGAUUCGCGCUCGAUCGCGUCGACAUUGCCAACAAAAUGCUCGAUUUCGUUCGAUUCGAGCAGCUCAUUGCCGACGAGAAUCAGAUCGUCAAGCAUAUCCGAAGAGUGGCAAUGAUGAGCGAGCUCGUCCGAAGCAAUCAGCUCGUCAUGGAACCAGACUCGGCAUUCUAUGGCUCCGAAGAACUUGAAAGCACCUCUGAAGAGGAAUCCGCAUCAACAAUUCGAUCGCCGUCACCAUUCUACGAUUGGGUAAUUAUAGAAGGGGGCGAUAUUAAUUACGAGGGUGACGAUGAAAUGGAGGACGACGACGAUGACAUUUGA